AUGUCUACCACAUCCUCCGAGAAAUCCCCAGAACAGUCGCAUGAGACGGUAACCAAUCGUCUCACCGAAGUCGGUGCAAAGGACCAGCGUGCCUAUGAGCGCGCUAGGCACCAGACCAAGGAGCGGCGGGAGUACGCACAAGUGAAGGAGCGCAAGGAGAGAACGGUUGCUGGAGCACCAGCACCGGCCCUCAAGGAAGGGCAUGCCAGCCGAGCUGCUAAGAAGGCUAGCUUGGAACUCUGGGACAGCAACGAGCUUGACUCUCGUAUCCUCAUUGGAUCGGGGCGUCCUGUCAAUGUCGCACCAGUGCCGAGGAACAAGUCUGGUUUCUCCAAGAUGGCACUUGCAGAUUUUGUGACGUUCAAGAUCAAGAAACGGUCCAAGGCGCAAGGUACAGUGCUGCCACAUCCUCCACCUGUUCGUUCAGUCAUUGCUCUUGAUGACUUUGGACAUGACAUUGAGAUCAAUGAGCCCUGGGAAUUCAUUUCUCUCGCCCCUGAAUCACCCGCCUGCAAGGGCCUGUCAUACGCUCAGGCUGCUGCUUUGACGCUUUAG